UCUGUUUUGUUGUCAGGUCAGGUCUCUCUCUCUCUCUCUCACACGCACACACACGCACACAGCGGUCGGUACAGAACUCUGCCAUCCAUAUUUCCAAGCCAAUCUCCAAAUACAAAAUCACCUUUCUCCCCUCCAUUUCCCUCCAAAAAGGAUCAGACUUUUUUGAAAAAAAUGAAGGGAAAGAGGAAGGCAACAGCAAAUCCAGUGUUGGCUGAUGCUGAGGGCAGUAGUAACAGUUUAAUUGAGACCCAAGUGAGGGAAGGGAAUAUUGGUGAAGAAAAGGAGAUAAAUUGGGUUGAUAAUGGGGAGAAUCGAGAGGAAACUGAAGGAGAAGGAGAAGAAGAAGAAGAAGAAGAGGAUAAUGAUGAUGAUGAAGAAGAGGAAGAGAACCCCAAAGGAGAAGAUGAGAAAGACAAUUUUUUUGAUGAAGAAAGGACAAAACUUGAUGAGGGUUUCUUCGAAAUCGAGGCUAUUCGUCGAAAACGAGUACGAAAGGGUCAGUUGCAGUAUCUUAUUAAAUGGCGAGGAUGGCCUGAAACAGCAAACACCUGGGAGCCCUUGGAGAAUUUGCAGUCGUGUUCUGACGUUAUUGAUGCAUUUGAAGAGAGCUUGCGAUCGGGCAGGUCUUCACGAAAGCGGAAACGCAAGCAUGGGGCUCUGCAUUAUCCCUCCAAGAAGAAGCAGCCACGUUCCUCUGCUGUCUACAAUGUAAUGGAUGUUGAAGUAAGUAUUGCGGAUAAACAUCUCCCUUCUGCUCCUCUCAAUAACUCAUUGCUUGCCGAUCUACCUUCACCCUCUCAAUUUAUCGGCUUAGGUCAUGGAGGAGAGAGUAAUGGAGAUGUAAAUAACAUCAAAACAUCCAAGCAAACUGAUGAGAAUGGGUCCAUAAACGGUUCAAAGCAUAUUUUUGAAAGGAAAGAGGAUAAUGAAUAUGAUCCAAAGCUUAGCGAGCUUAGAGGAACAAUUCCUAACAUUGAUGUAAACACAAAUAAGUUCACUAUACAUUUCCAAGAAGAAAAGGCUUCGGAAGGUAAUGGUAUUGCAAAUGGGCUUCCCAAGGUUGAUUAUGUGGACCUUGUUCAGAACAGUCGAUGCACUGGUGCUAAGAAAAGAAAGUCUGGUUCUGUGAAGAGGUUCAAAAAAGACUCUGUCAUGUGCGAACCAGUUUUCUUACCGAAUUCAUCUGGAAAUUUCUCAGUUGGCUCUACUGGUGCAGCUGCACAACCAGGGAUUGAAAAUCCUAGUUUAACUUGGGGUAAUUCAAGUCACAUGCCAAUGACUGAAAAUUCCAUAAAUGCAUUUGCUAUCACCAAGAUCCUCAAGCCCAUAGGCUUUUCAGCCUCUGUGUUAGACGAUGUCCAGGAUGUGCUGAUAACCUUUCGUGCAUUAAGGUCUGAUGGACAAGAAGUAACAGUGGAUAACAAGUUUCUCAAGGCUAAUAAUCCACAUCUGUUAAUCAACUUUUAUGAGCAGCAUCUCAAAUACAGUACAUGAUUGGAUGGGAAUUCUGGACAGAAGUUUGUAUAUGAAGAUCUGCACCAUCGUAUGCUCUUGUCUGUGUACAGUGUUGUAAUUCUGAUAGUGCAGGACGAUCAGUGUUGUCUUAGUUCAGGAAUGUAAAACUAAUUGAUAUAGCUACAGUGCAUCGUUUUUCAACCUUUUCCCCACAUAUGAUUAGGUUUUUGUAUAUCAUCUAACUACGGUUAUCUAAAUAUUUUACAUGACAAUGACUAGAACAAUAGAAGUUAACAUAGUUUGUAAUCAUGCUGUCGUCUCUCUCUGCAUGUCCGUUUCUUCCACAACAAACUUUAUUGCUUUUGGGUAUGAAUCAGUUGGAUGAUGUUUCUGAACAUCAUUAUCAUUAUCAUUCCAUUUCUUAUCA